CUGAGCAAAAAGAGAGAUUCCAGACAUGCCAAGGGCACAACUUGAAGCACCUUCAAGAAUGUCGACCGAGGGAAAACAGCGAAAGAAACGCACCGUCAAGGCCGAGCCAGAGUGGAAGGUUGAGGAGAUUACGGGUGCACGUAUCAGGACGAAGGGCACAUGGCAUUAUCAAGUGAAGUGGCAUAACUACCACGGACCGAAAACCCAUGCACCUCGUUCAAAAGUUUUGGAACCAAGUCGGCUUUGACAACGUACCGAAUUCGAUGCUAUAUAAGAGGGGUCGAUGUUUUGAAUUAGGAAAGCCGGGUCAAAAGGGCACCAAGAGAAGGGAGAAAACGGGGGCAACAAGGAAAUCCACUGCAACUACGAGCAAGAAAUUUGCCGUAAACCAGGAAGAGAGCGACGGAGUCAGGAGGUCAUUGAGAAUUGCCAUCUUAAGCCAGAGUUGCUGAAUGAAAAUAAGAGAAUUGUAUGAUAUAUCACCUCGUCAUUAAAACCAACCUCUCCCCGUCUC